CCAAUUUUAUUCUCCCUUUUCUCUUUCCUACUCACAAACUUUGCACGCUAAACACAAACAAUGCAAAAACCGACCUUUCAACUAAAUCAAAUCUUUUCUCAAAAUCUCUGAUAUAACGGUCUUCAGAAUUCCAAGGUUUUAAGCAACCAAAGAUUAGCUCCAAAUAACAUCUUAGUAGCUGACAUGCUCUUUUCUUCCCUUAACUUUUUUUUUUUUUUAAAUUUUGCUUGUUUUUAAAUAAAUGCUCACUUAAUUAGGUCAGAUUUCAACUUCUCUUGAUCCUAAUUUUCAUGCAAAAUCAUGAAUUUCGUCAUGUUUUUGGGGUUUGGGUUUUUUUAACAGGUAUAAAGUCUAUUUUUGAAUCAAAAAUUUCAAAGUUAAAAUCAGAGUUCUCAUGGACUUCUACUACUCUGUUUCUUGCUCUGUUUUUUUGCUUCAACUUGAAAAAGCAGAGGUUGAUGGUUUAUAUUGAUGGGUACCCUGAAGAAGUUUUUGAUCAAAUAUCCAUUUUAAUUUGAAGAACAUGAGUUCUUUUUAUGUGUUUCUCUUUCAAAAGAUGCUUUCUUUUGGUGGGUUUUUCUUGGUCUCCAUCUCUGUCCUGUUUGUCUCUCUGUUUGAUUUCUUCAGAACAGCUUUUUCCAGUACUCAAAGGAAUAAGCUUCCUCAAUCAAACAAUCCGAUACCUAUUGAGCCUGAGGAUGGCACAGAAGAGAAAACAAAAGAAGCCAAACCUUAUGAUAUUGAAUUAAAGGGUGAAGAGAGUGAAGGGGUUGAAGAAAAAGAUUCACCAAAAUUCUUUUUCAAGUUUCAGUUUCAAAGCCAGACUUUUGAAGAAUUCAGCAUGAAGUUUGGAGGAGAUGAGAAUUAUAAUGUUGGCCUAGAACUAGAAUGUAUUCCUUCUGCAAGCACAAACAAGUAUGAGUUCAAGCCAGGGAAUGAUUUUAGUUAUAUCAUGGAGAAGCCGAAGGAUUUGAGCUUUUGUGUCAAAGAAUUGUAUGAUGAAUCCAACAAUGGGUUCUUGUCAGAAGAAGAUUUCUUGGAACAAAAUUUGGAGGAUGAAGCUGUUACCGAGGAAAAAACAGCGAACGAGGAAAAAGUGCCAAAGACUCUGGUUGAAACGGAACAAAGUAAACAAACUGGCCGUGAAAAAGAAGCAAUUGAUGUGGAGAAUAAUUUUCCAAGUCAAGAAGAUGUUUCAGGGAAUUUUCAGGUUCUUUCUGAGACUGAUAUGGAUUCUAUUACUUCAAGUCCUGAGUAUAUGAGUCAAUUUAUUGGUUCAGCUAGUGAUGGAUUUUUAUCAGAUAGAGAUUUUGAAGAAGAUUCUGAGGUUGAUUCUUCAAGGAACAUUGAUACAGAUAAGGGAAAAUUAACAAAGGAAGAUUUGGACUCUGAAGAAGAUGAUGAUUUUGAUAAUGAAGAUAGAGAUAUAAUGGAAGAGCUUAGAAAAUUAGAAGAGUCUCAAAACCUGAAUGAGGAUUACAAGCAGGAAGAAGUUAGUGGCAAUGACAAUGGAUCCUCAAAUACUUUGGAUAAUUCAGAAAAGUCCAAUUUAGACAAUUCAUUUGCUUCAGAUUCUGAGGAUUCAAAUGGUUUGGAAACUUUGUGGGAGCAUCAAGAUCUGAUAGAACAGCUCAAGAUGGAGCUGAAAAAGGUUAGAGCCACAGGCCUGCCUACCAUCUUAGAAGAAUCUGAGUCACCAAAGAUAAUGGAUGAUUUGAAACCUUGGAAGAUUGAUGAGAAGUUCCAGCAUGUAGAUAGAAUGAGUGAGCUUCACAAAUUCUACAGGAGUUACAGAGAAAGAAUGCGAAAAUUCGAUAUCUUGAAUUAUCAGAAGAUGUAUGCAAUAGGCUUUCUACAGUCAAAGGAUCCACUUCAAUCAAUUUCAAAACACAAAUCAUCCUCACCUCCAGCAAUUUCAUAUCUCCUCUCCCAACACCUGAGGAUAGGAAGGCGAAAAAAGUCUGAUUUCGACCCCAUGACAAAGUUCAUUAAGGAGCUGCGUAGUGAUUUGGAAAUGGUGUAUGUAGGACAACUGUGCCUUUCUUGGGAAAUACUUCAUUGGCAAUAUGAGAAAGCAAUUGAAAUAUGGGAAUCUGAUCCUUAUGGCCUUCGUCGAUACAAUGAAGUAGCUGGUGAAUUUCAACAGUUUCAAGUCCUGAUGCAAAGAUUUAUAGAGAAUGAACCCUUUGAUGGUCCAAGGGUACAAAACUACGUCAAGAAUCGAUGUGUUCUACGUAAUCUCCUUCAAGUUCCAGUCAUUAGAGAGGAUAGUAUGAAGGAUAAAAGGAAGGCUAGAAGAAGAAGAAGAGAGGAUGAUGAUGCAAUUACAAGUGACAUGCUAGUAGAGAUCAUGGAAGAAUCGAUAAGAAUAUUUUGGCGAUUCGUUCGAGCUGAUAAAGAUGCAAAUAUUGUGAUCCAGAAAACCAGGAAAGGAACUCAAGUAGAACCAUUAGAGCCAGCAGAUCUUGAACUUUUAGCAGAGGUUCAAACAAGUCUGCAAAAGAAGGAUAGGAAGCUUAAAGAAAUAGUAAGAAGUGGAAACUGCUUAUUAAGAAAAUUCAAGAAGAACUUACAAGGGGAGAAUUCAGAUCCAGUCCUUUACUUCUUCUCUCAAGUGGAUUUGAAAUUAGUGGCAAGAGUUUUGAACACGUCAAAAGUGACAAAAGACCAACUUUUUUGGUGCCACAAUAAAUUGAGCAAGAUUAAUUUUUUUAAUAGGAAGAUAAAUGUAGCACCAUCAUUUUUGCUUUUCCCAUGUUAAUAUUUAUGAAUGAAUAAUAUAGUGUUUUACAAAUUGAGCAAGAUUGAGGCCUUCUUUGUACAAAAAAAUAAUAUAGUGUUUCCAUGUAUAUUGAUCCCUCUUGCUAUAGCCAGCCCCUAUGUCACAUAAUUAGCCAUAAGUUUAUUAAAAUUUUGUUACGUGUAACUUUCAUAGGUUUGAUCUUUGAUGAUGUUCAUUAGAUU